AUGGGACUCCGAACCUUUCCUGGUGGCAGACCCCACAGGAGCGAUCUAGGUCGCCCAGGGCCAGCCCGCGGGGGUUUCGGGGCAAACCAGGCAGAGCCGAAGCUCCCACCCCGCUCUGCCCCGCCAGCCAGACAGCCCUUGGGGUGGGCGCGGGCGGAGCGGGCUCUACGAGCGUCCCCAGGCCGAGGCCCCUCCUCCGUCUUGGCCCGGGCUACGUGCGCGGAGUCCCGCGGGUUCCCUAGGAGGCUCCAGCCCCCGCGCGGCGGGCGGGACAACAGCGCCUCGGGCCGUACCACCGGGCCAGACCCGCGGGGGAGCCGCCCGCGAGGCGGUAGCCAGACGCCCCAGGCCCCGCCCGGCAGGUGGCGGCCCCGCCCAGAGGCCGACGUGCGGAAAAGAACGCGCCGGCCGCGCCCGCAAGGGGCAGCGCGGCGGGGUUGGGCGCUGGACGCGGGCUCCAGGCCUUGGGGGCGCGAGGGGGCCACCGCUGAAGUUGGGCCGAGGGCCGGCGACGGUGCCGCGCCGGGAUCGCAGGGUGCCAGGUUGCGUGGCGUUCCUGAGACGGUCUCUGCAUGUCGCCAAGUGGAGAGCAGCCCUGGGCAAGUGUGGACUGGAGCCUCCAGAACCAACCUCCUGAGGGCCACCUCUGGGAACUUUCUUAAGAGGAACACUGACAGAUUUGGCUUUUCUGUGCAUUUCUACCAGUUUGGCAAGGUCACGAAGGGAGUGAGGACCGCUCGGCCCCUCCAAGCUGGUGGCACUGGCCCAGUGGCCCAGUGGCCAGAGACCCCCACUGGGCCAGCCUUCUCUUCUGGGUGCUCUCAAGUCCACUGUGAAAAUCUGCCAGGCGUUGGAGUAUGCACAGAGCAGACUCCAAGCCUGCAGGUGCCUGGAUGCCUGCAGUCAGCUGUUGUGGGAGAGGCCGGGGAGAUUUGCAUGGACUUGGACUUCCCUUGGAAUGACCCUGUCCUGAUGGUCACUGUGGUGUCACACCCAGCAGGUUUGGUAGGGCCAGGUUCUAUCAGUGACAGAAAGGCUGUGGUGGCCUCGCGGUGGAGAACCAGAGGAGCUGAUUUGCCACCACUGGGCUUCGACUUUCUGGACUUUCUGUGGGCGACCCUCCGUGAACCCAGGUGUUCUCAGCCAGCCCUAGAGGGCGCUUUUGUGCUGGGGGCGGGAAGGAACUCUGAGAUCAGUGGGGGCUCCAGCGCUGUCGCCCAACACAGCCUGGCCCUGAAGGGCAACAGUGACCAGUGGCGAUGGCUGCCCCACCCCACACAGCAGCCAGGGUUCUGCCUCAACUACCUGGGCAGCUGGCCCUGCCUGGCUUGGUCCUGCCCUGCUGCGAACAACAUCUAGGGGGAGCGGGGCUUUUCCUCACCUCAGCACAGCUCCUGUCGUUUUCAAUGUGCAAUUUAAAACUCGAAAGUAAACUUUGC